CAAUAAUCUAUACCUACGAGUUUAUAUAAGCACCUACCGUAGUAUCGCCUAAUCCACUACAUUUAAUGUAGAGUUCACGCAGUAACAGUACAACACAGUUUUAAAAACACGAUUCAUAUAAUGUACCAUACAUUUAUUAUUUAUUGGCUAUUACUUGUGAUCACGAUAACGGCUACUUUCGAUAAAAAAUGUCACAUCAAACUGUUCAAAGAUUCUUCUAGUAAAAACAACAAUAACAUCAACAAACAUGGACCCAAAGAACCUUGUGGUGGUCACAGCAUCAAUUCAAAUAGUCGUCAGAUGAAAAAUUAUCCAAAAAUACCAUUAGACAUUAUAAUGGAAUUAAACCAGGUUAAAAGUGUCUCGGAAUUAUUUUGGAAGUUUAUGCCACACAUUGAUAUUCAUGAAGUAUUGAAGUAUGAAACUAAUGAUGGUCAAAAUUCAACGAUUAUUCCAAAAGCUGCAACUUGCACCACAGAAAAUCGAACAGUAAGCCUGAGAGAUGAUGAUAACCCAAAUUUAUACUUUUCACCACCCUGUACACGAGUGAAGCGAUGUGGUGGUUGUUGUGGUAGCAGUUUGGUUUCCUGCCAACCAACCGAAGUAGAGAUGCUCAAUUUUGAAGUCACCGUUUUAGAAUAUAACAAAACAUUCACUUUCAAAGAAAAGAAAAUUAUUACUGUAGAGCAACAUGUGAAAUGUAAAUGUGAUUGUAUUAUUAAAGAGAAAGACUGCAAGUCAUCGCAAAUGUAUGAUGCUAGAGAAUGUCAAUGUGUUUGUAAUGAUUCAGGUGAAGAAUGCGACGAAGAAAAAAAGAUGUGGGAUUCAGACACUUGUUCAUGUCGAUGUUUCAAAUUGGAUGAAUGUACAACAGGUGAACAAUUCGAUUACAAUACAUGCAGAUGUGAACCAAUAUAGACGAAGACACUAUUGGAAUUUCUUCUUACAAUUUAUACACCUGCCUAUAUAACCAUGAACUUUAUGAAGACUUUACUCAUAGAAGUUAUCUAAAUUAAUAUACAAGAAUAAAUUAUCAUUACUUAAAUAUAUACUUAAUCCAGCGGCUCUUAACCUGUGGUCCGCGGCCCCCUGGGGGUCCGCAACAGUCAUGUCGGGGGUCCGCGGCAGCCUUACCACCUAACAUAAGUUAAUACGUAACA